AGCCAGCGUUUGGCCCACUUCAAGAUAUCGGUCGGAGCCGGCGCCAUGGCUGGCACAAGUCCUUCCAGGAGCCGGUCAAGGAGUCGGUCCCGUGUUUCCUCGUCGCGGUCGAGCCGGAGGAGUUCCUCUUCCCAGUCAAGCCGGAGACGAUGUUCUUCGCGGCCAAGCCCCAGCUCCUGUUUGAAGACCCCCGAGCCAUUUCCCAGCAGACAACCAACUGAGGCGCACACGCCUUUGCCGCAGAACUUUGUUGAGCGCCUCCUUGCUGGCCAUCCGGCAAGUGCAAAGCGACAGAGGAGGUCAGUUGCUCUUGUUGCUCCUGCAGUCAAACGCCGGUUCAAUCUUACACCCAAGCCCAAGGAGAUGCACGUUUUGGCAAGACCUAGGUCUGAUGGGUUUGACCUCGACAAGCCAGAGCGAACCGAAAAGAAGACUAUUUACGAGUUGAUGGCGCGCUUACCGCAUACUCGAAGUGGUCAACGGCCGCAAGAGAUGGGCAUCUCUUGCACAGUGAAGGUUGAAGGCGGUCUUCAAUCGCUAACAUGCACGGCUGCGGACAGGGACGGAGUGUUUUAUGCAUGGAGUGGCAAGGAGUUUAGGGGCGAGAUCUUCGAAAGGAGAGUUUUGGCUGAGAAUUCUGCCGCCAGCCUUUUCAUCAACGAUCCGGAUGUUCGGGCGACUGCUGCUGAUGUUGAGCCAUCCAACACCAUGAUUCGGCAGCAAGAGAAGCGGUUGAAUUGGAUGCGGAGGGACAAUCUCAUGCGCUUGGGCUUUGGCAAAUCCAACGGGACCAACUGUUGAAACAAACACGAU